GCAAGUUUGUUUAGUGGCUUACAUCGUUAUAUUUUCCGUCUGCCUGUUGAUCCACAAUAGUUGGCAGGAAAAAGUUGUCGUGUGCACUACUAUAAUGCAAGAAGAAAUCAAACUGAAUAAUGGGACAAAAAUGCCAAUACUUGGACUUGGAACGUGGAAGUCAAUUCCUGGAGAAGUAGAGAAGGCCGUGCAAACCGCAGUUGCUAUCGGCUAUCGUCAUAUAGAUUGUGCUAUGGUUUAUGAGAAUGAAAAUGAAAUAGGUAAUGCUCUACAGAAAAUUAUGACCAGUGGUGUUAGUCGUGAAGACUUAUACAUUGUUAGCAAGCUGUGGAACUCUCACCAUAGACCAGAUUUGGUGGAAGUUGGGCUACGGGAAACCCUGAAACAUCUUGGCCUUGAUUAUUUGGAUUUGUAUUUGAUCCAUUCUCCCAUGGCAUUUCAAGAAAAUUCUGGUUUGAAUCCAGUGGAUGAUAAUGGCAAGCUUAUUUACUCCAGCAUAGACUAUGUGGAGACAUGGAAAGCAAUGGAGGCAUGUGUUCGCAGUGGCCUCACACGUUCGAUUGGUGUCUCUAAUUUUAACAGUUAUCAGUUGCAGCGGGUUCUUGACACUUGCACGAUCAAACCUGUUACGAACCAGGUGGAAUGUCAUCCGUACUUAAAUCAACAAAAAUUAAUCGACUACUGUGCUAAGAGGCAAGUGGUGUUAACCGCAUACAGCCCGCUUGGCUCGCCCGAUCGCCCAUGGGCGAAAUCCGGUGAUCGUUCUCUGCUGCAAGAUCCUGUGGUACUGGAGAUAGCGAAGAACCAUAAUAAGUCAGCGGCUCAGGUUCUCAUCCGCUAUCAGAUUCAACGAGGGGUUGCUGUCAUCCCCAAAUCUGUGUCCAAGGCAAGACUUGAAGAGAAUUUCAACAUCUUUGACUUCAAACUCUCAGAAGAAGAAAUGACUAAUCUGAAUUCGCUCAACUGCAAUGUGAGGUAUCUUCACCACGACUGGGUUGCUGAUCACCCCUACUUUCCGUUUGCCAUCGAAUUCUAAAGAGCAGAACUAUGUAUAAACAUCACGACCUAUUAUAAUUAUUCAGUGCACAUGAAUACAUUUAUUAUCAAUCAAA